CCUCCAAAACAUCCCCUUUUCCCCCCCAAAUCCUUUUUUUCCCCCAAAUUCCUAUUUAUUUCCCAGAAUUCCCACUCCUCUCAGCAUUCCGUGCAUUCCCAUUCCCAGUCUGCCCUGGAUGGGUAUCCCGUCUGCAUCUUCGCCUACGGGCAGACUGGAAGUGGGAAGACAUUCACCAUGGAAGGACUGGAACCGCCCGGAGAUCCUGAAUCCCGCGGGAUGAUCCCGAGGGCCGUCCGACACCUCUUCCAGAGCACCCACGACCUGAAGGGGAAAGGUUGGGAGCGCUCGCUCCCGAGCUCUGGCCUCAUCCUGUGGGUGCAGUCACGGGAGCUCCGGGACAAGCUGGACCAGGCCCUGAAGCAACUCCGGAAGCUGCAGAGAGACAAACGGGGCCUGGAAAGGCAGAACCAGGUGCUCAAGGAGUCCAGGGAGCAGCUCAAGGAGUCCACAGAGACUCUACAUCAGGAGCUCAGGGAGCGGGAGAGGAGAGAGAGCACCCUGAGCUCCAGAGUACGCUCCCUGGAGUCGGAACUGGAGCGGCGUCUGCGGGAGGAGGAGCAGCGACAGAAUGAGACCAGAGCUCCGGAGGAAGAGCUCUCAAACAUCUCGGAGAACACAGAGGCUCACCGGAGGCGGGUCGAGGACCAUCUCCACCUGCAGCGGCACCAGAUGGCCGCUCUCCAGGAGGUACAGAAAUCACAAAAAUCCCUCCUGGAUCAGCAGGAAGAACAGAUCCACCAUCUGGAGAUGGAGCGACGCCGCCUCCACAAUGACACCCAGGAGCCCAAAGACAACAUCCCCGUGUUCUGCCGUGUGCGGUCCGUGCUGCCGGAGGAGUCAGAGCGGCAGCGGGGGCUGCAGCACCUGCACUUCUCCCCGCAGAACUCCACAACACUCAUUGUCAGCCAGCCCGACGAGGUGAAAGACCGCGUGAUCGGCACCCCCAAGCCCAACCGGAAGUGAGAUCAAGCCCCACCCUUCGCUCCGC